AUGCCUAGAGGACGACGUGCGAACAUCGGCCGCCGCACAAGACAUGCAAGUCAGCAACAAGUGUAUUCACAGAACUUAAGCGAAGAAAGACAAAAUAUAAUAAGAGAAAAUGCCCGAUUGAGACAACGCGUGAGUACACGAAGAUCAUUGGCAUCAUACAAUCGCUUGGCAUUCCAAAAUGAUCCCACUGCGAACUACAGUGACGUUGAAAAUUUAAAUAUUGGACCAAUGACGACUGUAUGCCGAUAUUGCAAUGCGUUAAAGUUCAAAAGAGAAACGGCUGGAUUGUGCUGCGCAAGUGGAAAAGUCAAACUGGAUCCAUUACUUACACCACCACAGCCACUGAAACCAUUGUUCGAUGGAAGUGAUCCCGAUUCCAGCCAUUUUCUUCAACACAUCCUUGAAUACAAUAACUGCUUUCGCAUGACUUCCUUUGGAGCUAAUAUCAUUCGAGAAGGCGGCUUCAUGCCGACUUGCAAGAUACAAGGACAAAUAUAUCAUUUGCAUGGUUCAAUGGUGCCAACACCAGAUGAACCGCAUCAAUUUCUGCAAAUAUAUUUCAUUUCGUCGAUGGUGGAUCAGCUGAAUGUGCGGUGUAAUAUUCAGGGAACACAACAGUUAAAGAGACGGAUUAUUGAACAGUUGCAAGCAUUUUUUCACGCUAAUAACGCUGUGGUUAAUAUGUUCAAAACAGCAUUGGAACGAAUGCCAUCGGAUACGCACAAAUUUGUCAUAAGAGCGGAUUGUACCCCAACAGGUGAACAUGUGCGAAGAUUCAAUGCACCCACCGUUAAUGAUGUUGCUGCAAUUAUUGUUGGCGAUCCAACUAAAUCGCGAGACAUUGUCGUUCAGCGAAGAAGCAAUAUCAUGCAUCGUGUAAACGAGACACAUCGUUUGUACGAUGCGUUACAAUAUCCAAUCAUUUAUUGGCAAGGGCAAGACGGAUACGACAUCACGUUGAAGAUGGUCGAUCCAAUUACAAGCGUAUCAACGAAUAAAAAUCUAAGCGCAAUGAAUUACUAUGCGUAUCGUAUGAUGAUUCGUACACAUGAGGAGAAUGUCAUUCUGAAGUGCCGUCGGCUAUUCCAGCAAUUCGCUGUCGACAUGUAUGUCAAAGUCGAGACAGAACGUUUAGCGUUCAUCCGAUUCAAUCAGGCAAAGCUACGAUCUGAGGACUAUAUACACUUGCGUGAUGCUAUUCAUUCAGAUGGUGAUGUUCAGAGUAUUGGACGUCUGACGAUUCUCCCAUCAUCUUAUAUCGGAAGCCCACGCCACAUGCACGAAUACGCUCAAGACGCUAUGACGUACGUGCGAAAUUAUGGAACUCCCGAUUUAUUUAUUACGUUCACUUGCAAUCCGAAGUGGACGGAAAUUGAACGUGAGUUGGAACCGGGCCAAAAACCGCAAGAUCGCCAUGACAUAAUAGCCAGAGUAUUUCAGCAAAAACUCAAGGAACAAUUGAGACGUAUCAAGAGGAACCAAGAAAGGGAGAGACUGGCUGGAAAUGUAUCAGUACCUGGUUCAUCUAUCAGUGAUAGUAUGAACAUGUCGACCAUGUCUGACCUAGGGUCCAAAUCACCUGGCCUGAUCCCAUUGGGUCAGAUCAAACAGGAACCGGAUCUUCACACACCAUCUAGACGACGGGCCAAAUUGAAGCCCGAUUUGAAAUUAAAGUGCGGAGCGUGCGGUCAAGUUGGUCACAUGCGUACAAACAAGGCGUGUCCGUUAUACACAGGGGGCGGGGCGGUGACCCCCGAACAUGAUGAACCAGCCCCCGAACCUGACGACCUUGACCUUGGAUAUGUGGAUGGAACCAAGCUCACACUACCUUCUAAAUUUGUUAAGCAAUCUUCGGAGGAGCUUCGUCGUCGUAGCGGCAGUCGUCGCGAGGUCCGAGCUGCUGGGCGAACCAAGAGACGCGGCACUGCCAGUGAUUCUUGUGAUUAUCUCGUCAAAAGACCAGCGGAAAGACGCAGAACUGAUCCACUAGUGACUCUCUCGUCCCUAUUAGAAGACGUAUUGAACACUAUGAGACACCUCCCCGAUGUACAACCCUUCCUGUUCCCAGUCAAUCCGAAGCUGGUAGCGGAUUACUAUCGUAUCGUAUCGCGGCCGAUGGAUCUACAGACUAUAAGGGACAAUUUGAGGCAAAAACACUAUCAAAGCCGCGAAGAAUUCUUGGCUGAUGUCAACCAGAUCGUAGAAAAUUCUACUCUUUACAAUGGUCCUACGAGCAGCUUGACGGUAGCAGCGCAGCGUAUGAUGCAACGCUGUUUCGAAAAACUGGCAGAGAAAGAGGAACAGUUUAUGAAACUGGAGAAACAAAUCAACCCGCUGCUAGAUGAUAACGACCAGGUGGCUUUAUCGUUUAUUUUUGAGAAUCUCUUAACAACGAAACUUAAAGUUAUGCCGGAAGCUUGGCCAUUCCUGAAACCAGUUAACAAGAAACAGGUCAAAGAUUACUAUAAUGUUAUUAAAAAACCAAUCGACAUGGAGACGAUAGGAAAGAAAAUACAAGCUCAUAAGUACCACAGUCGGGAGGAAUUUCUUCGGGAUAUACAGUUGUUGGUGGAUAACUGUCGUGCUUACAACGGACUUAACUCACAGUUCACGAGACAGGCCGAGGCCGUACUCAAAGUAACCCAAGAAGCCCUAGAACAGUUCGAUGAGCACGUGAGUCAGCUGGAGGCGAAUAUAGCACGCGUUCAGCAAAAGAUGUUAGAGGAUGCUGAGCAGUCUGAGUUAGAAGAUGACCCGCCGCCGCCCAGCGACGAGAAAAGAGGCCGCGGAAGACCGAAGAAACACAAACCAAGCACAUCAACAUCGAUGGCAGAUGAUGCCACACAGAGGAAACGUAGUCGUGUCAAGAAGGACCAAAAUAGUCUGGUUGAUGAUUUACAAUAUUCUGACAGUGGAAGUUCAGGUCUAGAGGAAGUCGAACAAAAAGAUGCAGCUGAAGCUAUGGUACAAUUAUCUGUUCGACCUGAUGACGACAUUCCUGAUUCGAGCUUCGAUACUUCUGAGUUCCUCAUCAAGCGCGAGGUUCCAGACGAGCCGCACGAGCUGGUCGACCUGGACAGUCACAGCACUGACUAUACUUACCCUGCCGUUGUAAAGGAGGAACCAAUCGAGCCGGACAUGAACAUGGAUCCGCCAAUGAUGGACGCGCUCCCUGAACACACGCAGUUUAAAGAAGAGCCGCUUGAGAACUGGCAGCCGGACCCUGUAAUUCAGGAUGACCUAAGAGUAACGGACAGCGAAGAAGAAGCAGAAGAUGGACUUUGGUUUUAGAUUUAUAUUUUUUUAUUUACAUAGAUUAAAAUGUAAGAAUAAUAAUGUUUGUUACAUAAGCUAAAUAAAUGAAUUUAUUAUGGAA